AUGGCCAGUAACGACGAAAUCGACUCCUUGGUCAACAAGUACAGCAGCAGCAGCAGCCAACGCCGUCCCAGCAGCCAACGCUUCAAUAGCAGCACGGGUAGCAUAGACUACCAAGCCGACAACAGCAAUAAUGAUAUCAAUUUUGGUUCCGUUCGAGCGUCUACUACUGCGGAAGCCUUUCCCGGCGACAAGUUUGUGAUGCGCCGCCACAAGAGCAAACGCGACAAGAAGAAAAAGAGCAAACGCAAUAGCUCUUCCCACGGCGGCUCCCGCCGCAGCAGCAGUAGUCAUUACAGCAAAUCCACGUCCAGUCUCAUGACGGACCCUGCCGAAUUGGUGGGCGACUUUCACAACAACAACAACAACCAUUAUAAUAACAACAAUAGCAGCAGCACCAUGGACGGUUCCGGCAAUAACAACAACAAACGCAAUACCAACACCCGCGCCAGUGUCUCUCCCAGUUACUAUACCACCGACGAGGAUGACUCGGAUCAUUUGGGAGCCAGUACAUUGGAAAAUGUGGGCAACAAAUACGUGUUGCCUCCCAAACAGCCCGAACCCGAAACCCAUGCGCUUUUGAGUAGCGACAUGGCCGAUCCCAACGAUCCUCUCGGCGGACCGAUUGAAAGUUUCCAAGACGAAUUCGACGCGGAAUUGGACGAUAUUUCCAUGCGCGACACCAAAUCUCGCAACUUUAUCAAUUUGAGCGAGCUCGAAGCACGCAAUACCAAAUCCACCCGGACACGUUGUCGCCAAUGCAUCACUUACAUUUUCAUUCUCGCUAUCAUUGGAGCUGUUGUCGGAAUUGUCGUUUAUACUCAAACAUCAUCCUCCAAAAAUGACGACGAUAUUGGCAAAAUUCCACAACAAGUUCCCAAAACACAAGCUCGUCUCGUGGGACUCUAUUGUCACGAAGGAGAGGAUCUAGGACCCGGCCAGUCGGUUACCUUGCCGCUCAAACUUACGGACGAUUGUAAAAAUGUAUGUCGCAAGGCCGAAUGCUGUUGGAAUCCUCACGGACAGUACGCCUGUACUACAGAAUCCAGAGACAAUUGUGUCGCCUACAAGGAAUGUCAAGAUUUCAUGAUUCCUCACACUACCAGUGACGCCACUGAUGAGGACGGAGAUCCCAACGAUGACAGUGUCAUUCCCAAUGAAAUGGACGUUCCGGCCGCACCGGCGACACUCAAGACGACCUGCGUUCCCAUUGGGGCUGACUUUACCGCCACCCAAACGUGUUUUGAUAUCUGCGAACGAGCGUCGUGUUGUUGGAAUUCGACCAGUGAUCUUACGUGCACGGCCGCCAGUUUUCAAGCCAAUUGUGCUCCGUACGAAGAACAUUGCUCCUUUUUCAAUGAUCAUCCCCACAAACAGCAAGAUAAACAAGGUCUUCCCUUUGCCGUGGCACCGUCCGAUUUGGAAUCUCUGUGCGACGUGGGUACCAUGGAAGAAUUGGGAAUGGAGAAUUGCGAAAAACAAUGCAAUUUGGCCGAGUGUUGUUGGAAGGUCGGAACGGUCAAUUGUGAAUCGACCGUGCCCGAUAACAUGUGUGAACCCUACGCCAAGGCGUGUGCCGUACUCAACACUAUUGGACAAAAUUCCGUUGUUAACAACAACAACAACAGACCACAAACCACGCCACGACCGACAUCGACGCCGCGACCGGCAGCCACGCCACAACCUGCACCAACUCCUGGCUCUUCCUCGUCGUCUUCUAGCGUUGUUCCAGAGGCACCCAAUGGGCUUGAUGUUUAUUGUGACCCAAGUGAAAUGGAAGAAAUCAGUUUGCACAUUUGUGAAGACAAGUGCUCCAAGGCGGAAUGUUGCUGGAGCACAAGCAGUGAAGCUUGUCCCAGUUCGGUACAACCCGAAACAUGCCAACCCUAUGUCAAGGCAUGUGCCAUUCUCAAUGAUCUUCAAACGGAUAACGCACCAAAUCCCGACAACCAGACACCCGGUAACAACAACAACGUCCCACAAGCUUCCGGUGACUUUUCGACGCGGUGCUCCAAAGAAAACAUUAUUGGAUCGUCCGAUGGUGGUCAAGUGUUGAUCCAGUGCGAGCGAGAAUGUUUGGCGGCUUCGUGUUGUUGGCAACCCAACUCACAGUCUUGCACAUCCAACGCCCGGUGCUCGGCAUACGAAGAACCGUGUUCCAUCUUUGUGGGCUUGUUUGAGCCUGGCGGCGACGGCACCCCCGGCAAUGGUGGCGUUCCACAAGCGCCCGGCAAUUUGGCGGCGACAUGCGCUCCUGACGUGUUGACGACAAGUGUGAACAACGGGGCCGCCAUUGUGGAAUGCGAAAAGGAGUGCCUGGCAGCUGCAUGCUGUUGGAAAGAUACGCAUGAUACAUCGUGUCCCAGCGAUCCCAACUGCUCUGCGUACAUGGAACCAUGUGGCAAUCACCUGGUUGCUGCCAUUGAACAACUCGAGGGAACAGCCAGCGUAUCCAACGGAAACGCGGCAUUGAGUGCAGAAGCUAGGGAAAUUGCCGAUGCUUGCAACACUCAAGUAGCCUUCUUUGUUAAGACGCGGUGUGAUAAUGCGUGCCACCCUGGCGCAUGUUGUUUCGAUGAUAGUGCGACCUGUGGGACAGAAGUGGACUGUGGAAUUUAUGACCCAUGCAGUGUCCUCCACCGCAACAGGCAUAAUCUUCGUCACUGA